UACGUUCCAUGAGAUUGACUGCUACUAGCCUAUUGGGCAGCUUAUUCUCCAACCUGUUAGAGGAGAUUAGCAAUUAACUGGUGUCUUCUAACUACACUGUUGAAAGCUACAUAUCAAAGAAGAGGUCUAUCUCAUCUGCCUAUAAUUUCUCAUUUGUUGCUUUCUUCUUUCUACGUUGUUGGUCAAUCAAUGGCAGCUUAGAAGAACAACGAGAGCUAACAGAGAUGGGAAAGACAGGCAAAUGGCUUAAAAGCAUCCUGACAGGGAAGAAAGACAAGGAAAAAAACCUCACAAAUCAGAAUUCUUCAGUUGCAAGUCAUGAAAAUCUCACCACUCCAAUUUCCAAUUCUUCAGAGACAACGCUGAAAGAGAAGAAGAGAUGGAGUUUCAGAAGAUCAUCAGCCACAGCAGCAGCAGCAGCUGCUCCAAAGGACUCCAAUUGUGUAGAUGCAGUGCCGGCCACACCACCACCUGUACACAUGAGCACAUUGGAGUCUGAGAAUUAUGAGCAGAAAAAGCAUGCCAUGGCUAUGGCGGCAGCUACAGCUGCGGUUGCUGAUGCGGCUGUGGCUGCUGCACAAGCCGCAGCUGCUGUGCUGCGGCUAACGGCAGCUGCCAACGAGAAGGCGGGUGCAAGUGAAGAAGCAGCUGCAAUAAAAAUUCAAUCCGUCUUCCGUUCAUAUUUGGCGAGAAAAGCACUGUGUGCGUUGAAAGGACUAGUGAAGUUGCAGGCAUUGGUGAGGGGUCACCUGGUGAGAAAACAGGCCAAAGCUACUCUAAGGUACAUGCAGGCAUUGGUGACCGCUCAGGCUCGAGCUCGAGCUCAGAGGAUCCGGAUGGUCGAAGACAAAAAUACUGUCAAUCCUAGACAUUCCACCCCAAGAAGAUCUUUGCAGGAAAACCGGUCCAGGCAUACAUAUAACGAAAUGGACAGAGGAAUUGAAGAGAACAUUAAGACUGUGGAGAUGGAUCUUGGUGAAUCAAAAGGAGUUUUGAAGAGCAGAAACAGCAGCUAUUCAAAUCACUUGCAAACAGAGAGAACAGAACAACAUAGAUUUUCAGCUCAGUAUGCACCAAAUCAAGCAUACUCAAACCAAGAAACCGACCAGCAGGCCUCUCUGGCUCUAUCAACAUUGACUCAUAGAAGCCCGGGAGCCUGCAGUGCACAUUUUGAGGACUACUCUUUUGGAACAGCUCAAAGCAGCCCUCAGUGCUAUUCUGCCAUGUCCAAAAUUGAUCCCUCAAAAGCUCCCUUCGCCUUCCCUAGGCCGGAUUAUGGAGAGCCCUUGUCCUAUGACUACCCUUGGUUCCCAAACUACAUGGCCAACACACAAUCUUCAAAGGCGAAAGCCCGAUCACAGAGUGCACCAAAGCAAAGUCCUAUUGAUACAGUUGAGGGGCCGCCAAGCCGACAGCGGAGGGCGUCAAUGGAGGAAAGGAAAAUCCCAAGGGCUGUGAGGAUGCAGAGGUCAUCUUCUCAUGUGAGUUCACCUGCUCAGGGUUAUCAGUACCCUUCGUAUAUCAAGCUUGAUAGGUCCACAGUUUCACUCAAAGAAAGUGAGUGUGGCUCCGGCAGUACAGUGCUCACAAACACCGAUUACUGCAGAUCUCUUGUUGCAUAUGAUGCACAUAGAAAUAGGUACAAACAACUCAUCCAUUCCAAUAAUUAUGCUUGGCCCAAAGCAUAAGACUAUGCAGAGUGUAAUUAGAAGAAUGCAAACUCCAACAUGGAAUGGACAAAUACAGUGAAGAACUUCCUCUAGGUGGUGCAAGGACCUCUUUUCAUUUAUUAUGUUCUUUUAACUUCUUUCGGUUUGUGCGUCAUUGUAACAAGAAAAUCUUGUGUGUCAUCGGAUAUACACCUGGUGACAAAGCAGAAUAUUUAUGUCGUAAGAUUGUGUGAUUUAUUUUGUUCCAUCCUUGUGUAGUGUCCCAUUUUGCAUUUGAUGUUUGUAGACAUUUUGGCUAAAUGUGUUGGUGAGUUUAUAUGUUCAACUAAACUUAUGAGCAGAACAAUGUAUUUGAUUGAAUCUGUCUAUAUAGAAAUUCAGAACGCUUAUUCCUAGAUUAAUGUCUAAUCUAUGGCAACAAGAAAAAUCAGAAGAUAGGAUGUUAAGAACUAAACUCUCAUCCUUCAACAACUCAUAAAUAAACACUUUACACUCAAAUUUUGAAAUUAAAAAAGAAAAUUAAAAAUCAAUUAGUGAUUUGAUUAACAUAGAAAAAUUCACAGUUCAAUUAAAACACUAAAUUCGCUCGCACCGCUUAUAACAAUUAAAUAACUAAACGAUUUUUUAUUUGAUUAAUUUUUAAUAAAUAAACUUUGCAGUUACCUUAAAAUUAAACUUACAUUGCAGGACAUAAAAUU